AUGUCCUACUCGGGCAAGGGAGGAUCGGCAGGAGGAGGAGCGGCAGCAGCAGCAGCAGCAGGAGGAGACGACAUGCGGGCGGAUAAAAACUACAAACACCUUGUGGAAACGUCGGGCAGGAACAACCGAGUGGUGUGUGUGCAAAAAGAAUUCAACGAUUUAAUAUACUACAAGCAUGACAACGAGUGCGACCCGCACAAUACAUUCAGCUUCUCCUUCAACUCUACAUUCAAAUUUGACAGUAAGUAUUAUAGCCGCUACAAACAAAAUAAAAAAUCGUUUGUGGAAAGAAAAAUUAGCCCCCAUGAGGCAGUGGGAGAGGAAAUAAAUAAAAAAAAAAUAUGGAAUAACGUACUUUUGGUGAACUCAUUCACAAACCUAAACAUACUGUCACAUAUCGAUAAAUAUAAAGGAAGGUACCACGAAUUAAAGUAUUUUUCUUUCCACGAAAAUUACAAAAAAAGGAAAUUAAACAAUCUGAUACGAACGACACUCGAUUUGAAUGAUAAAAAUUAUUUUAUUAACAAUAACGUAUUUAUUUUGAUUGCUAAUGAUGAAAUCAAAUUUUUAGAUCAGGUAACAUUCUGUGGAAGGAUCUCCCAGGAUGAUGAGUGGUCCGUUCCGUACAUUACAGAUAAGAGUGUGCGUGUACAAUAUGAACGGAUAAAGAGGAGAUACAAUUUUUCGGACCAUAGAGAGGAUAAUCGUGUUUUUCUCAUCAAGGUGAUGUAUCAUGAGGAGGAGAUAAGUCUGAUUCUACUGGACUACAUCAGAGGGGUUGGAGACCCCAUGAAACUGUCUAUUCCUUUUUUUUAUUUGGCAUCCCAUGAGUAUUUUUCUCAGUACACUCAUUUUUUUAUGAAAGAUAAUUUGAUUGGUUGGAUAAGCAAGUCCAAGAUUUUGUACAUCACGGCGAUGCGCAAGAUUUUUUCCUACCUUCGCGAAAGCGCGAGCUACGCGAACAGGCCCUACGACGUCGUGACGAUGGAAAACAAAAUCAUCUCAAAUGUAUACCUGCUGUACCUGAGCCACGACAUUUUCAAGUACGUGCUCUUCGGGAGGUACAACCCCCUAAAGGAUUGCUCUCUCCACAAAAACAUCCCAUUCGAGGCAGCGCUCCUCAGCCACAUCAGCACAUUCACACAGGAAGAGUUAUCCAAUCACGAAACUUAUUUCACCAAGAUAACAAAAAAGGAAAUCAACCUUUUAGACGAUCCUAAGAAAGGGAGUCGCAUGGAUGUCUUCGAUAUCUUUGUCAUCCCAUCAGCUAAUUAUGUUAAGUUCCAGCAAGUCUUAUCUAGGCUAUUCAAGGCUUUGUUCGACUGUGGGGGAAAACAUAUUUCUAUGUUGUUGAAGAUCGCCACUGUGAGGUCUCACUACGAUAUGUUGUACAACUUUAACUGCUACAACUACCAGCUGCACAGCUUCUUGGUCAACCUGCUAGACCUGCACCAGCGCUAUUACGAGCACGCCGAGCUGGAUGCCUUGUUCAGGGAGAGCCAGCGGAUUUUGCUUCGGCUGGUGAAGCUGACGCUCGACGAAAUGAACAACCUCAUCCCGUUCAACGAGGACAAGCAGUUGGUCAAGUACCUCAUCGUAAUUCUUUACUUUGGGAACGACAUGUUUUGCCUGGACAAGGAAAACUCCAUAUACAUUCAGCUGAUUUACGAACUGCGCCACCUGAACAUACACCACGCGAUCCUCGUGGCGUACCUAUCCGGAGACAAGUCGGGGACGCUCUGCUCAGAGGAGAGAGUCAUUCAAGUGGACCCCCACAAAAAAGGUGAAGAAAAAGGACCCAGGUGGAGUGCCCCGUACCUCACCUUCGAGGAUCAGAACGCAUAUUUGAAGCCUCCUCCUACAAACAGAAUUGACGUGGUGGACCCAAUAGCUGCCUUCCUAAACCGCUUCGAUAAUAGACACUUCGGGGACUUCCACGUGACCAUAAAAUCGGAGAAGCAUUACUCCCUUGGUAUAUUCAUAGUCUCCUACAUGGCAUCAGUUAUAUUCAUCAUCGGAGAACUGAACAGAAAACACAAAGUCAUUUAUGUUUACAGAAUAUUUAAAAAUGUGUACCUGAGGAAUUACCCCUACAACAUUACCAAAUAUUACACCUUCUGGAAUACCAAGCUGUAUGCCUUUGCGCAGUACGAGCCGGAGUGCGUCCUGCUGUUCGAUAGGUACAGCCUGUAUGAGAAGUACACCUCGGGAGGGAAGCAGCCAUCGGGAGGGAAGUGCCCCUCGGAUGGGAAGAACCUAUUGGGAGGAGAGGCAGCCCCCCCAGGGGGCCAAUCCGACGCGCUCAAAAACAACGAGGAGCUGAUGAAUCACUUCGCUGCACAGGAAAACAGUUGUCUAUGCUACGAAAGCAUGAUCAAUAAAUCGAAGGGCGAGUUGGUGGUGAGCGAGUACCUACAGUUGCGUCACCGAUUUAUGAAGAAAAUCAAAAAAAAAAAAAAAAAAAAAACUUGUACGAAAAGAUGAAUGACAUUUGAGAAGAACCAUCUUUGCAUGUUUCAUAAAUCUAGAAUCAUACUAACUUAUCUGUAUUUACUGACCACCUCACCAGAAUAUACAUUCUACGUAAUCAGCCCCUUAGUCUUUAUAAAGCCAAAAAAGUAUUGCAACCAAUACGACAUCCCACUGGUGCUGAAUAAUAUAUUAAAGAAUAGGAGCUUCUUCAAGAAGAACUCCAAAAUCUGCAUUAAUUAUGCUUUUGCUCAUUUUAUAUCAUCGGGAAAUAAAACGAAUAAUUUUAUAGUAACUGCCAAGAUAAGUGGGACCAUGGUGAAUGUCAGCAAAAAUAAUUUGUUACUACUUCUUCCUCUGAGAAAAAGAGUAGACAUUUUGGAUCACUCCACAAAUAAAGAAUAUGACAUAAAGGAGGAAAUUCUAAAUGAGUACUUCAUUCUUGGGAACCCCUACAUUCCCAUUAGUGUCAUUUCGUACAACUACGGGGAUUACAACGAGGUGAAGAAGAAUGAGCAUAGUACUAUAGCUGGGGCAUUUAUAAAAAGGCAUGACCAGAAUUUUGUGAUUUAUCGUAAAAUGACGAAUGGGAGCGGCAAUAACCAUGAUAAGCACAACGUAGUUGACCAACGUGAAGAACAUAAUGACAGCUCCUGUGCAGAGAACCACUCCUUCGAAAUAAACGGUAAAUUGCUCUGCUUCUGUGACGAUGAUGCAUCGAAGAAGGAGAAGUUCUACACCAACGUGUUCGGCUCCAUGUCCGAGUACCUCAAGGAGGUCAUCAAAAGUGUGAUCGACCCCGCGCUCACCACGCGCAUACACGUGAAGCCCAUACAGAAGCUGAAGAACGGAAUCAAAGCGACGAUCAUAAUUAACCAGCGAAGCAGCCCCGAGGAACCCACGCCUAUCCAAGUCUUUAACAUUUUCCUUAACCAAUUGGGGGACUCUACAUCUGAUCUGAACAACGGGUUCUAUGCCUACUUCGCUAGAUUCACGUACAUAGAAUACGUAAAAUCGUUCUCCAAGGACGAGGGGUCCUCCCCAUUUUACGAUCAUCUCCUCAGAUACGUCCCAACCUUUUUUGUAAACAUGUUCGAGGUAGAUGCGUUUAAUGACAUAUCUAUCAUCGCAUGUAUCAAUUUUUUUGUUUUAGUCAUUGUUACCUUUGCGGUGCUCUUUUACUUUUUCUACUUGUUUAUCAAAAUGAAGUUUUUCCGAGAUGUGCACCUCAAGGGGUUUUAG